AGUUAGCACCGCUGGGAAACGCUGUCGCCAUGGGGGACGUGGUUUCCUCUCACCUGGACGAGAGCAGGCGGGAGAUGAUUACAGCUCGGACCAGAGAUGUGAUGACGCAGUUUGGCGAUCUGUACGAGAAGCAGUACGCCGUCGCUCUCUUCAACUUCGUUCGCUUCGAGAUAGAAGGAGGAGGCGGCGCGCAGUCGCAGCUGCUGCACCGAAAGGACGCUCUGGCGGGUCACACCAUCUUCUCCGGGAGUUUGUUCCAGUAUCUGGAGGAGAACCGGAAGUGGAGGAACCGUUUCGUCUUCAUCCCAAACAGCUACGCCAUCAACCUCUACGAGAGCAAAGCGGCCCACGACCGAAAUCUGCAUCCAAAGAUUUCCAUUAACUGCGCCGGGUACAAGGCCCUGACCUCCAUGGAGGAGUACGUGGAGCUGCUCAACAGCAGCCUGUCAGAAAUCAAGGCCAAACCGAGCAACGCUCCCUUCAUCAAGUGUCCGACCCAGUUCCCGCUGAUCCUGUGGCACCCGUACGCCCGCCACUACUACUUCUGCGUGGUGACGGAGAAGGAGCAGAAGAAGUGGCACGCCGUGCUGCAGGACUGCGUCAGACACAGCAACAAUGCUCUGUCAGAGGAAAACACGGUCCAGACUCCGGCCUUCACCGACUCUGUGAGGCGCUACAGACAGGUCAAAGGUCACUACGGCACCUGGGAGAUGAUGUGCGGAUCGCCGCCUCAGAUCCUGGCUAACCUGGUUCUGGAGACGCUCCAGCCUGAGCUCAGAAAUGCGAUUGGCCCUCGGCUGAAGGGGAAGCUGCAGGACAGACAGAGGAAGUGGAUGUUGAUCUCUGACGCCGUGUACCGGCAGGUUCUGACCCAGACCAACGGCCAGUACGCCGCCCUGGUGAACGCCUGUGAGGCCCAGAAGCCUUCGCUGGACGCCAGACUGCGCGGCGACAUGGACAUGCUGGUCACGACCAAAGAACACGUCAUCAGCAAGAUCAGAGCCCUGGUGAUGCCGAAAGCCGAGCAGCUCCUGCGCAGCAGCAUCCAGUCGUACCUGGGCUCCAUCCUGGAGGCCCUGAUGGAGCCCACCAGCCGUGGCUUCGCCGAGGUCCGGGACACUUUCUUCAAGGAGGUGGUGGAGAUCAGCAAGAACUCGCUCAACGGCGGCGGCAAAGACAAGCUGGGAGAGCAGCUGGAGCGGCUGUCCAUGCUGGCCUUCCACCCGGUGAAGAUGCAGAGCGGCUACCAGCAGAUGCAGCAGCUGAACCUGGAGGGGCUGCAGCAGAGGUUCGACGUCUCCAGCCCCAACGUGUUCGUCAGCAGAGCCCAGAUACUCAUGAGGGAGCAAAUGGACAACGCGGUGUUCACGUUUGAGCAGCUGCUCCACCAGGCUCUGGAGGCGCAGGGCGAGGAGGACCUCUGCAAAAACAUCCAGAAGUGUCAGGACAGAGUUAUCAAGAAAUACGACUACGACAGCAGCACGGUGCGGAAGAAGUUCUUCAGAGAGGCUCUGCUGCAGAUCAUCAUCCCCUACAUGCUGCAGCAGCUCGCCCCGUCCUGCACACCAGAGCUGCCUCGCUUCCAGGAGCUGAUCUUUGAGGACUUGUCCCACUUCCUGCUGGUGGAGAACAUGUACGAAGAGGUCGUCCUGCAGUCCGUCUCCAAGGACAUCAUGAUGGCGGUGAAGGAGGCGGCGGUGCAGCGGAGACACAACCUGUACAGAGACAGCAUCGUUCUGACCAACAGCGACCCCAACCUGCACCUCCUGGAGGAAACCCCGUCGGUGGACUGGGGCGCCAAGUUCGGAUCCGACGGUGGGGAAGGCGGCGAAGAAAAGGGAUUCAGAGGCAGACGUAAGCAGGUGGUCUCCAUGAUCCAACUGGAGGGGCUGCCCAUCCCGUACGAGUCCUGCCUCGAGGUCCCCGGGGUGGAACUCAUUCCCGAGGAGGACGGGGACUUUGCCGAGGACGACAGUGAGGAAAACGAGGAGAACCCGGGUCAGUCCGAGAACCCGAAGUCUCCUGACAGCGUGACCCAAAUCAGAGACUUGAUCAACCCGGUGGUGGAGGUGGUUCUGCCGGGUCCAGAGGAGGACGCCACCACCGGGACGGAGACCACCAACGGCACCGUCACCAUGGAGGACGGGCUGCAGGAGGAAGUGACGCAUGUCACCACCAUCGUGGGCGACAGCCUCAGCAAGUCCAAGUCCAUCAUGGAGGAGCUGAUGGGCAGCAGGAAGCAGAAGGAGCUGCAGGACGAAGCGGCCAUCCAGAGAGCCAUCAAGGAGAUGGAGAUGGCUGUGCAGGAGGAGGACAGCGAACAGGCGAGCGAACAGGAAGCGAGCGAACAGGAAGUGAGCGAACAGGAAGCGAGCGAACAGGAAGCGAGCGAACAGGAAGUGAGCGAACAGGAAGCGAGCGAACAGGAAGCGAGCGAACACGCGGCAGACGCCUCCGACACAGAGUCUCAGCCGCUAGCAACGGACUGCGGCUCGCGCAACGACGACAGCGGCUUCCAGUCCCCGACCAACGAGGCCGAAACGAUCACCAACGGUUCGGACCCAACGGCCGACCUGGUGGACGUGGAACUGCUGCUAGCAUAGAAAACUGUAAAAACCCAAAACACACUGAGAAAAUAUAGAUUUAUUUAUUAAUGUGUUUGUCAGACAUUUAACCAGAAACAAUCGUUAGAAGAACAGAACAUUAAACUCAUACCUGAGUGAAGUUUGGCUCCUCCCACUUUCUACAAAUCUAACAAUAUUGGAGUCAAUGUUUGUGCAGCAAAAGGUUUUGUUUGUGCCGCUAUCAUUGUAAAGUUAUUAAUGUUUCCAGAGGUCAUAAAAGGUCAAUCAACCCCCACCUUCUUCAAAUCAGACAAAAUCGGUGUCGAUUAACUCGACUACAUUUGCUCAGGCUUGUGCAGCAAAAAAUUUAGUUUGUGCUGCUUUUGUUUUGAAGAUAUUAUUGAAAGUUUAAAGGUCAAUCAGACCCCCCAUGUUACCCAAAUUUAAGGGAAUUGGUGUUGAAUGUUUGUGCAACGUUUGUGCCGCUAUAAUUUUAAAGAUAUUAAUAGAAAACAGAUCUGGUGUCAAACAACACAGCUACGUUUGUGCUGCGUUUGCUGUGAAGACAUUAAUGAUGACCUCUGGAAACUUUUUUAUUAGCAUAUUUAAAAUGAUAGCGGCACAAACAAAACAUUUUACUGCAGAAACUCACUAAUUUUGUCAACUUCACUCAGGUUAAAUUUAUCAUCUGCAAACAUUUUAUCAGCUUGUUUAAUCUGCUUGCUUCAUUUGGCUGUAAAUACGUGCAUCUGACCAGCAGGGGGCGCUACAGCCACAGCUGAGAACCUCCUGUAUUUCUUUUAUGUUUCAACAUAAUUAUUGACCUUCUAAGGUAACCAGCAACAUCCGUUUUAAAUACAUGACCGUGUUUAUAGUAAACACAUCGAGUGAAAUAUGAUUUUUUUUAUUGUUUUUGUUUCAUAUUUUUAUAAUCUCAUGGGGUUUGUUAACCUGUCAUGUUGUUGUAAAGUUGAUUUCAUUCGCUCAUAUUAACGGGAUCAUAGCGGUGAUUAUCUCAUGCUGUACGCUCUCAGUUAUUUAAAUAAUAAAGGUUUGUAGUUUUGUGUAUUUCUCCAGACAUAAAACUUAAUUAGAACUGGUGAUGAAUUAUGA